AUGGCUCAGUCAGCCUCGUCCAGAGAGCCUUACACGCGGUUCAUCCCUGUGGAACCAAACUCGUCGCGUUACAACGCAAGAUUGUCCAAAGCAGAGAGAGCUAUGCUUGGACCGCGACUUCGGCUGCUUCAAGAACAAGGUAGCAGUCGACACGACAUGCAACUUGAGGUUCGAUCUUUGAUUGGAAGGCCCGUCACCCUCGCGCAACUUGACGGAUUGUUGAAGGAACAUAACAUCUGUUUCUACAAGCAGCCACAGUGUCCAGUCGCUUUGAAUACAUCAAGAAGCGACGCGCCGCUGUCCCAGGGCGACAAUGCCACGCCCACUCAUGGCUGCACGAGUCCCAGUGUAUCUGGACACAAGUCGGGCCUCGAAGCAUCCAACAGGCCCGAAAGUCCUGAAUCUAAACCUCCACCUACGGAUUGCGUUCACUUGCGUUUUGAAGAUGUGUUUAUGGUCGAUAGCGAACAAUCUCAUGGACAGCCUAAGGAACAUCGUGAUUACGAGAUGAUAGCAGCCCGGUCUGCUAUUGACAGUGGGACGAGCCAAUCCGAACCCACUGGAUUGGCCACCGAAGCCGCAGAGCAUGGAGUGCAGUUCCUGUCAGGAUGCAAGACCGUCAUACAGUCGUUGGAUUCCUCGCUUAUCUUUGCAACUCGGCGGUUGCAUGGCCCCCAGGGCCCAGAGAUGGUUGUGUCGUCAUCAGCGGUGGGCAUUGUUUCGGCACCCCUCCCCUCGACGUAUCGGUUGAGCAGAACUGCAUUCGAUCUUUACACAACUACCAUGUUGGGGACUCAGGAUAGCAUGGACCGUGCUGCGAAGCUGAAAAAUAUGGCGACUAUAAUUUUCAUCCUCCGAGACUUUACUGAAGCGUUCAACCUGUACUUCCUCAUCUACUUCCAUUUUCGCGAAAAUAAGAAAACUGUCGACAGUGCUCAUCCACGGAUGGUUCUUGGUGCUAUAAACUGUGCGAGAUCUGCCUCAACUACUGUGCAGAAGCAGAUUGUGAGCAUGUUGAUUGAAGAUGUCCGGAGUACAUUGCUACAGCAAUACCCUCUCCCGUCUAUGCAUGACGUCCGAACUUGGAAAUAUCUCGAAGCUGUGGAGAGGCAAUGCAUUCACGAAAAUACCGGAACUCUGACCAUUGCCUUGCUAGAAUCGCACGAAGAUUUAGCCUAUUGGGCGGUCACUGCUAUGCACCUGAGCAACGACAAGCUCAACAAAGAUUGUGGAGGAGCACCAGGCUGUUGUAUGACUCUCGGGCAAGGCCAAAUAAUGGAACACCUCCGUGAGUGCGAAACCACCCGCAGGUGCUUUCGCUUUGCCGUUGACAAGGUUAAAUCAUAUAUAAAGAGAAAUUCCCACAUGUUUGAUCAACCUUUUCGAGAGGACUCGAUACAGCGUGGUGACUACAACGCUCAGGAAGUGGCUUGCUCAAUCCUCGAAGAAUGUUUGGCAGACAGGGCUGCUUAUCCUGUGGGGUCGAACCACUCAGAGAGUGACAAUCACCGAGGCCUUCCCUGUGACUUGAAUGGCCUUGCAGUUGCUGUUAUUCCGUUCCUGUUGGAGCCGAUUCUGAUCGGGAGGCGAAAUCUUGAAAUGGAGUUGUUUCCAAGUGCCUCGGAUCCGCUUCUCUCGGAUCUGCUCCGUUGCAGCAUCCAGGACAUAAGACAAGGGAUUGAAUAUCCUCCACGAUACAACGCGAUGAUUGAAUCAAUCAUUGACCAUUUCUCCCCGAAGUUCAACCCGAGGUUUUUACACACAUCCAAUAUUCCCGACAGCCGUCUAAGAAGGAUUACGAUGGGAAUCGCCAGUAUUCUCCCCAUCUCUGGUACCAUGACAGAAACGGAUGUUGAAGAAGGAUGGAAUACUCUAAAAGUCCAGCAAACGGCGUCGGCUGUGCAAGCAUUCCCUUUAAGGGAGAAAACGACACUUGCGCAUGGUUUACCAACGCUGGCCCAAUCCUUCACUUCCUCGACCAGCUCCGACUAUCGCCGGUUUCGCACCACAGCUUUUAGAGCUAGACCCGGCACUGCGGCCUCCAUUGCAAGCCAACAGACUGGUUCGUCGAGCCAGAGGAGCCAGAACAGCAGCUUGAGAUUCUCUCGGGUCACAGGUCUUCCGUCAAAUCCCUCGUCACCAUGA